AGACAAAGUGCAUUCUUCUGCUUGAAUUUGAUUGUCACGCGUAGGUAUUCGUUCAUACUCUAAACAAUAUUUCUUUAAAUAAUUUUACUGGAUACUCUCAAAUCUUAAUAAUACACUAAGUAAAAUGUAAUGGAUGUAGAGUUUCUAUUUCUCUACAAUUCCUUCUAUAUUUGUCUAAUUUGAUCUAAAACAAAAACUGUACAGUGACAGGGAUAAACGUUUCUCUUUAUCCGCGUGUUCCGCACAUGUGGUUGAUAAAUUAUUUUAUUAUGAUUGUCUACGAUUAAUCAUGGAAAAGCGGAAUUCCAGUAAUAAAGAAGACCGACAGAUCUCACAGUAUUUUGUCGCCAAGCAAAAUACCAUUCUCAUGCGUAUGUCCAGUGAAUGUGACAAAAAUGUCAAUACAUUACGUCUCGGCAUGCUGGUUGAAGCUGUCGAAGAUUUAGGAGAUAGCGCACUCAAAGUACGCGUGAUUGAUACGACAGGAUCCGAAAUUUGGCGUGGCACUGAAUGGCGAUGCCACAAAUUUGAUCUGAUUUCUGUUACACCAGAAGUAUGGAAAUUUCUACCUGCUGUGUCAGUCCCUCAAGAGAGAGUUCGCUUGGCAAAUUACAAACACUUAUGCGAAGAACUUAUGAGCCUAGAAAUAAAUGACACUGUUUGGUAUUGUGCUGAUCCCUCGGGAUGUACCAAAUUUUUGGCUAUUAUUAAGUAUAUUGGACCUGUGCCACAGCUUGGGCAAGGAUAUUAUUUUGGCCUUGAUUUGUUGGAUGGCGAUCAACUAUCUAAGACUGCUUUAGUUAGCAACGAAUAUUUUGUUUCUACUCACUCUGAAGGAAGAUUUGCUACACUAAGUAAUAUUUUUCCAAUAAAACCUGGAGGUCCUACAGGUCUUGCAAAACCAGAUAAAAAUUCUUGUAUAAAGAUUGAAACAGGUAAUAAUUAUACAAAUGAUAAGAAAAAAUCUGUAUUGGACACAAUACCACCCGUCUUAUUAGAAAGAUUCACUCUAUAUGAUGAUAAUAAAAAUAAUAAUAAUAGAGACCAAAGAUCUGUGUCAAAAGAAUAUCAUCAAUCACUAAAAUCAACAACACAUGAAAAUGACAGCAAUGUAACUAAGAACACUACCACCCAUGGUAAUACACCGGAAAAGAAUGAAAAUAAAAAAUGUGGACGAACAGAAAAUUUAGAUUUAAUUGUGGGUUCAAAUGUGAAAGUAUUGUUGGAUUCUGAUGUACACUAUGGAAUUAUUCGUUGGAUCGGAACUCCCCCUGGUAUUACUCCUGGUAAAUUGAUGGCAGCUGUAGAAUUGGAUGAUAAUCACCCAUCUGGUACUGACGGAACAUAUAAAGAUAUAAGAUAUUUCCAUUGUCGACCUCACAGAGCUGUUUUCACGGAUCUUGACCAGUGUUCACGAUAUGAUGCCAUGGCAAAAGUUGAUGAUCCAACAACAUCGAUAAGUACAGAUAAUUUCGGAAAUAUGGAAAGCUCUGUUAUUGUUGGUAUGGUACGACCUAUUUCCGUAAAAGGAAAUUUGGAAAGUAUUUGUGGAAAAUAUCGAGGAAUUCAAGGUCAUCACAAUUCAUGCUACUUGGAUGCUACUCUUUUCAGCAUGUUCACAUUUACUAGCGUUUUUGAUAAUCUUUUAUUUAGACCACCAAAUGAAAAAGAUUGUCCACAGUACGAAGAAGUACAAAGGGUACUACGCGAAGAAAUUGUAAAUCCACUUAGGAAAAAUAUGUUUGUAAGGGCAGAUCGGGUGAUGAAGCUCCGGACUUUACUUGAAAAAUUAUCGUCUGUAUCCGGGCUCACUAGUGAAGAAAAAGAUCCUGAAGAAUUUUUAACGUCCCUGGUUGCUCAAAUUCUAAAUGCUGAACCAUUUCUUAAAUUAAGCUCUGGUCAAGAUGCAUAUCAUUACCAACUUUUUGUCGAAAAAGACGAUCACUUAAAUCUUCCAACUGUUCAGCAACUAUUAGAACAGAGUUUUCUUACGAGUAAUAUAAGAUUGAAAGAAGUUCCUUCGUGUCUUAUUAUACAAAUGCCACGGUUUGGAAAAUCAUUCAAGAUGUACCAGAAAAUUCAACCUACAUUAUUACUUGAUGUAACGGAUAUAAUCGAGGAUUCUCCAAGGCAAUGCACCGUUUGCGGAAAGCUCGCGGAAUACGAAUGUAAAGAGUGCUAUGGACAAUGUGGCGUUGGACUUGAAAGCAUUGCUUUCUGUUUGCAAUGUUUAGAAAAGGUGCAUCGACAUGAACGAAGGACAAAUCAUGAGCCAAAGAAGCUUAUAGUACCAAUGGAGUUUGCUAUUUUACAAGAACAUUGUCUGAUCCCACGAUUAUAUUUAGAAUUAUCGGCUGUAGUUUGCAUUGAAACCUCCCACUAUGUGUGUUUCGUAAAAUGUGGUUCUGGUUCGGAAGCACCGUGGUGCUUUUUUGAUUCUAUGGCUGAUAGGAAAGGGGAACAAAACGGCUACAAUAUACCGGAAAUGGUUCCAUGUCCAGAUUUUCCAUAUUGGUUAAGCGAAGAAGGUGGAAAUUACCUAACUGAAUUGACAGACGACCGUCAUCUACCGGAACAUGCAAAACGACUAUUAUGCGAUGCAUAUAUGUGUAUGUAUCAAUCUCCUGAUGUUAUGAUGUACAAAUAAGUUAAAUUGCCUGAUAAUUUAGGUAAGUUAGGUUUAAAGUUACUACUCAAUGAAAAUAGACAUAAUGUUUGUGCUUGUUGCUUUAUUUAUUUCAUGUAUGCGAUAAAGACUUUAUACCACUAAACACAAGAGGUAAAGAAAAUAUCAGUGCAUGGCUGAAUUGUGUCAGCUCAUAAAGUUUAUUCAAAUGUUGACAGACAAACAUGUAGUAUUAAGGGAACUAAGAUUAUACACAUAUAUUAUACAAAUUACCAGAUAAUCACUGUUUUGAAUCAAAAACUAGUAACUCCAGUAUAAUGUUAUUUUUUAAAUUCUCGAGAUAUAUGUAUACAUAUAUAUAUUUAUGAGUGACAUAAAAUUAAAUUUUCCACUCUACACGAAAAUUACAGUAAAAUCUACUAAGUAUUGUGAAGUUUAUAUAUAUUGCACGAUCUAAUCAGUUUAUUUAGAAUGAAUUCAAAACAUUGAAUUGAAAUCUUUAUAGUGCACAAAACUGAGUAUUUAUAUAUCAAUACAUACAUUAGAAUCAUGUAUAUUUAUCAAAAGUAAUAUACGAAACAUAAACAAUUUUAUAUGAAAAGCUUAUCAAAGCCGUUAAGAAGUAUCAGAUGACUGAUUUUCAUAGCAAAGAGCACAAACAGCUAACAAAUUUUUCGUAACUUAAAAAUAUAAUGACUAGGAUUCAAAAGUUAACGUUGCAUUUUUAGAUCUAUUGUUGCUCUCAUAAUUUUAUACUUUCGUUUUAUAAUAUCAAAUUAGAUUUGUUUUAAUUUUCCUAUUGUUACUAUCAUAAUAAUUCUAAAGGGCUCUAAUAGAGCAACAUAGCACAACAAUAAUUUAGAAUCCGUUAAGUUUGUUGCUUUGUUAUAUAAAUUUUUUUUUAAUAAUUGUUGAUAAUAAAGAUCUAUUUUGAUAUCUUGAACAUUUCACAUAAAAAUAAAAUUUAAUUCUUAGAUUUAUCAAAAUUUGAUUACUAUAUAGCAGAUUUAUAUAUUUAAAAUAUCUUGGAUAGUGAACAUAUAUAUGAAAGUUAUAAAUUUAUAAGGAAAACAACAUAAUUUCAAGAUUGUAUAGUAUUGUUCUUCUGUUUGAUUCUUUGUUGACUACAAUUACGCUUUAAUAUCGUACAAAAGAAAGAAACGGAAAAGUAAAUUGAUUAAAUUUUCUGUUAAAAAUAAACAUCACUAUAAGUGAAAAUAAACGAAAUAAUUGUAAAACUUGAAAUGUAUUACUGUACAUAAUAAGUCACGUACAGUAGUGCCGCGUUAAUUAACCGCGGUUCGGGAUCAUAUCUAAUCAGUUUUCAAGAGAAGUAUAAUUCUAGAAAAUUCUAAGUACUCCGUUGAAUGCAAGAGGGAUGUCUGACACGUUUAUUUAUUUUAAUUGCGUAACGUCAGAAGUUUCGAGGAACUAGUUCUAAGAACUGGUGGGGAUAGUAGCGGUUAGUUAAACGUAACACUACUAUAAUAGGUGAAAUUUAAUGUUCAUUCAUGCCUCUGUAUGGCAGAACAAAUAAAGAUAGUGAUGAAGUUUGUAAA